AUGGCUGACUCUCUCGAUUACGUGAAGAUUUGCGAAAGCUGCCCCCCAGGCGACGGCUGGGGCCCAUCAGUCACGUCCGCAACGACCCUGAACGGCGUGCCCUAUGCGCCAUUCUCCAAAGGCGACAAGUUGGGCCGUAUGGCCGACUGGACUGCUGAAGGCAAGGAUCGCGAUCGUGGUCGAGCUCAGUUCAAUAGAAACUACAGAGACCAACAAGCCUACGGUGCCAGCCAUGCCAUCACCUUCAACGCUCCUCCCGCCGAAGACGAGUCUACCUUCUCCCUCGUCAGCAACACCAGAGAAUCCACGAAAUCACGAUAUGGCCGCGGAGCUGUGUUCACCAGAGGAGGCCGUGGGCAGCGUGGCGGCCGUGGUGAUAGCCGUGGCGGACGAGGCCAACUCCAGCGCUCUGGAGGCGGCCGACAGGGCUACGACCGAGGUGGUCGGUCCAACACUGGUGCCCGAGGCCGUCGCUUUGGCUGGAAGGACUACGAUAAGCCUGCUCGCAACCGCGAUGCCAGCAUUAACAUCAAGGCUGACUGGGAGUUGCUCGAGGAGAUUGACUUCAACCGCCUGGCUAAGCUGAACUUGGACGCAGAUGAUGGAGAAGACCUCGAGAACUACGGCUUCCUCUACUACUACGACCGUUCGUUUGACAAGCAGCCCGUUAAGGGUGCUGAGAAGAAGCUCACAGCCAUUGACCGCGCCGCUUACAACGUCACCACUUCUUCCGAUCCAGUCAUCCAGGAGCUCGCCGAGAAGGACGAGGCCACCAUUUUCGCCACCGACACUAUCUUGUCCAUGCUCAUGUGCGCUCCUCGCUCCGUCUAUCCCUGGGACAUUGUCAUUGUGCGCCACGGCAACAAGCUCUUCCUCGACAAGCGUGACAAUGCAACUCUCGACAUGGUGACCGUCAAUGAGAAUGCCGCCGACGCGCCUCUCGACGCAGCCGACGGCGGCAAGGAGGGCAUCAACCAGCCUGCUGCCCUCGCUGAGGAGGCCACUUACAUCAACCACAACUUUGCCAACCAGGUGGUGAACGAGAGCGAGACCUCCAAGGUCGACAUGGCCCACGCCAACCCCUUCUACAACUCGUCCGAGGACACCGACCCACCCGCGAGCAAGGCCUACAAGUACAGAAAGUUCGAUCUCUCUACCAACGAGGAGGAGCCCGUGUACCUGGUUGUCCGUACCGAGGUCGAUGCCGUCCAGAAGGGCGCCGCUGGCGGCGAGGACCAGCUCGUCACCAUUCGAGCCCUCAACGAGUUCGACAGCAAGGCUCAAGGCAGUGGCGGCGCCUUGGACUGGAGAAGCAAGCUUGUCACCCAGCGUGGUGCCGUUGUAGCUACCGAGAUGAAGAACAACAGCUGCAAGCUGGCCAGGUGGACCGUUCAGAGCAUCCUCUCCAAGUCUGACAUUAUGAAGCUCGGAUUUGUCUCCCGAGUCAACCCCCGCUCCAACGACAAGCACGUCAUCCUCGGCGUCGUCGGCUGGAAGCCCCGCGACUUCGCCAACCAGAUGAACCUGUCCCUCUCCAACGGCUGGGGUAUCGUCCGCACCAUUGCCGACAUGUGCCUCAAGCGCGGGGAAGGCAAGUUCGUCCUCGUCAAGGACCCCAACAAGUCCAUUCUCCGACUCUACGAAGUCCCCGCCGGCAGCUUCGACGAGGACGACGACCACGAGCGCGAGCACGAGCGCGAGGAGGAGGGCGAGGACAACGAGUAA